AUGAAGAGAUAUUCCUCUCUCAUUUCAUGCCAAGCCUUGAAGCAAGCUUUGCUGGAUACAAAGCCAGGCAUGAGAUCUUCUGUGAUUAAAGUUUUGGAUGGAUCAUGGCACAUGCCCGCCACGAAUAGAAAUGGAUAUAAGGAAUAUUUGAAUGAACACAUUCCGACUUCAUUGUUCUUUGAUAUUGAUGCUUUGAGUGAUCCGAACACUGAUCUGCCCCACAUGUUACCUCCCGUGAAAAUGUUUGAAGAGAGUAUUACAGAGAUGGGUAUUGUCAAUACUGAUCAUGUCGUAGUUUAUGAUACAGCGUUUACUUCGGCUUUCAGAGUAUGGUUUACGUUUAAAGUAUUUGGUCACAAGGGAGAUGUGAGUUUGUUGGACGGUGGUCUCACGAAAUGGAAAUUAUUAAAUUAUCCACUUGAAAGCGGCCCACCAAAGCCAGAGAAGAGAGAUCAACCUUACAAGGCGAACUUCCAAGAGCAAUUUAUUGUAAAAUUGGACGAUAUUUUGAGCAACCUCAAUAGCAACAAGGCAUAUGUUGUUGAUGCAAGAUCUGCUGAGAGAUUUAAUGGAACACAAUCAGAACCUCGUCCUAAUUUGAAAAGUGGUCACAUUCCAAACAGCUUUAACAUUCCAUUCCCUACAUUGGUCAAUCCAGAGGACAAGACCUUUAAGAGUCAUGAAGAAAUUUUAAAGCUCUUCCAAAAAGCUGGCCUCAACAUCAAGCAAGUGGAUGGCAAAAUUGUCAUCGAUAAGCCAAUUGUUGGAACUUGUGGCAGUGGUGUGACUGGUUGUGCUCUUCUUUAUUCUCUUAAUUUACUUGGAGUGGAAUUGGAUCAACUCAGACUCUAUGAUGGAUCCUUCUCAGAAUACGGAAAGGUCGCCUUUGAUCAUCCAGUCCAUCAAAGAAAGUGA